UUAACCCCUGCACAUUAGAAAAGGAAAAAGGAGUCACCAACUCUUUAGUCCAGUGAGACAGCUCUACGGAGAGCUGUGGUGGAUGAGCUGGGCUCAUCCUGACAUUGGAUCCAAAAGAUCUCACUGGAUCAGUCCAAAGCCCAGAUCCGUUAGACAUCAUGAGGAGGGAAAAAUUACAAAACCAAAAAAGGCCAACUUAACCCCUGCCUGGUAGUUUCAACAUUUUUUCCAGCACAGGGUUUUGCAUUUUCCCUCCAAUUCGACUCCCUUCACAAAUUCUUCUUUUUUUCCCCCUUUAUUUUUAAAAUUCUUUUGUGUGACAUGAAAGAUUCUAUCUUUCUUCUUCCUUCAAUUGCUAAAACCCAUCACAAGAGCACUGAAUUACGUGACAAGAAAGAUAAUAAUCCUUUAUUACCAACAUCGACUUGCAAGAAGCCUAAACAAAUUAAUAAAUCAGCCUUCAUUCAUCUCCAAAGUCUCGACGUCCCUUUAAUUUCACCGGCCACCGGUUCGCCUCUCGACUCAAUCUGCCUCGAACCGGACCGGCCGUAUACAAUCGGUCGAAGUUCAACUGACCCGGACUGUGAUUUUGUGUUCAGCGAUCGCCGUGUUAGCAAGCAACAUUGUCAGAUUUUAUUUGAUAGUGUAAACCGUAAAGUUUACAUUCUCGAUGGAAUAUUAUUAUUGCACAGUAUUAGUAGUAUUCGCGUUGUUAGUGAAUUUCGAAAAAGGUUACGUAAUUAUGAUCAAUUGGAAGGUGAGGAGAAGGAGGGUUUCGAGUGUUUAAGGAUUAGGUUUUCUAUGAAUGGAGUGUUUAUUAAUGGAAUUAGGGUUAAAAGAGGAAUAGUGAGGGAGUUGUGUACUGGAGACGAGGUUUUGUUUGUUUGUGGAAAUGAAGGUUUGUGUAAUUUAGGAGUUCGAAUUGGGUUUUUGAUUCAAGGGGUUGUUUUUAAGGAGGAGGUUGUUAUAGGAUCGAAUGAGAUUCAAUUGGGCAGACCUUGUCUAUUGGGGACAUCAUCAAUGUCAGUGGGACAUUCUCAAGGAUCAGUGUCUAGUGGGAGUAGAACCAAAAGGGUUUUUGCUGUGCGUGCAAAUGAAGUUAUGGCCAAUGAAUAUGAUUUUUUAGAACUGAAACUUGGAGGCAUUGUGAAGAGAGCAAGGUUUUUGGUGAGCCAGUGCAGACAAAUUUUGCAUAGUGGUGACCCCAUAUCUUAUUUUCAGCAAUGUUCUUUAUCAGAUUUUAGAAUGGAGACAAGAGAUGUUUUAAACAGCAAAUUAGAUUGCGGUGCAUGUGGGCGCGUGUGUGAUAAUAGUAGAAUUCCUGUGGUCGAUGGGUCGGAGGUAAAUAAUGCUGCUCUUGUUUUCAGGCAAGCAGCAAAGUGCUGUGAGAACUCGCACAUUAAUCUUAAUAUAGAAAAUAACAAGGAAAUUGGUGACAUGGAGUUUGUAUCCUUUGGAGGUAACAGUAUGUGUCAAAAAGACAUUUCUGAGGUCCAUUUUGAGAUUGAUUUUGAUUAUAGUCACAAGAAGGAUGCGCCUCAUCUAGCUGAUAGCCAGAUGAAAACUCAGGAAAAUUAUUGUCAACUACCUGGAAAGAAAUUUUACCUGAAUCGCCUUCAUUUCAUGGAACAUGGUUCAUUCAGUCAUCAGAAUGUCGUCUCCUUACCAGAACUUCUUCAUCCCAUUGAAAACAUUAUGCGAAUAUUUAUUGCUACUUUUACAAGUGAUAUUUUAUGGUUUUUGUCAUACUGUGAGAUCCCAUCCCACCUGCCUGUGACAAUUGCAUGUCAUAACACUGAGAGAUGUUGGAGUUCCAACCCUGAUAAGCGAAUCUCCAUGCCGUAUUCAAAUUUUCCAAACUUAUCUGUUGUGUUUCCCCCCUUCCCUGAGGCGAUAGCAUUUGGCAAUGACCGUAGGAGACAAGGAAUUGCUUGUCAUCAUCCAAAGUUGCUUGUUUUACAAAGAGAAAAUAGCAUUCGUGUUAUCAUCACUUCUGCAAAUUUAGUGCCAAAUCAGUGGCAUAAUGUGACAAAUACAAUUUGGUGGCAAGAUUUUCCUCGUAGAAGUACACCUGACCUGUCAUCUCUCUUUACUCGCGUUUCUGAUGGAGAAAUAAGUCAAGAUUCAAGAUCUGACUUUGCUGCUCAGCUUGCUGGCUUCAUCGCAUCUCUUGUGAUUGAUGUGCCUAGUCAGGCCCAUUGGGUUGUUGAGUUGACAAAAUACAACUUUGAUGGGGCAUUGGGUUAUCUAGUUGCUUCCAUACCUGGAAUUCAUUCUCGUGGAACUCCUUAUGCUUGUCAAUAUGCAAUGAAGUCUAUUGAUGUGAAGUUCUUGGGCUCGGUUGAAGCAUCUGUUGUUGGUUUAAGCCACCUUUUUCACACUUCAACUGAUACAAAUGGUGCACUGCUUAAAAAAUUGGCUGCUUUCCUUGGGAGAUUUCCUGAAAAUGCAUAUGGAAUGUCAGAGAUUAUUUUAAGAAGAAAUACCAAUGUGCCAGCAGAUGUGAAUGCUGUGAGCAUUCUUAUUCCCAAUCCUGAUAAAUUUUCUGGAGAUUGUGUUCAACUGGGUUUUCUCCCUAGAUAUGUUGCGAAGUGGGUUUCUCCAUUAUGGGAUAGUGGAUUUUUCAAAUUCUCUGGAUACAUUCAUCCUAAAGAAGCACUUGAAGCUGCUUCAGGAGGAAACGACAUGCGAGUCCAGUUGAUAUUACAUGUGGCACAGGGGCCUUGCUUUCCAGACAUAAUGAAAAUGAUGCUACCUCAACAUGUUAUUGCAGUUUGUUCUCUCGUUGCUUCAAUUCAGAGAUGUACAGGCCUUUGGCGACUGCAAGAGGUUCUAGAUCAGUACAAAUGGCCUGAAGUGGAGCAAUCUGAUUUUAUUUAUGGCUCAUCCUCAAUAGGGUCAUCCAUCAAUGCUCAAUUCCUGUCGGCUUUUUCGGCAGCCGCUGGAAAGAGAUCAUUGCAACUCUUUGAUUCAGAAGAAUCAGAUCCAGAGUGGGGCUGCUGGACUAAGAGUCAAGAAUUGAGAAAUCCGUCCAUUAGAAUCAUUUUCCCUACAAUUGAGAGGGUGAAAAAUGCAUGCAAUGGGAUCUUGUCUUCAAGGCGCAUUCUUUGCUUCUCAGAGAAUACAUGGCAAAGGUUGAGAUCCGCAGAAAUACUUCACGAUGCAGUUCCUCAUCCUUAUGAUAGAGUUGGGCACCCAAUGCAUGUCAAGGUGGCUCGGAGAUGCUUUCAGUCCAAGACAGACGUAUCUUCUUCUGGUUGGGUCUAUUGUGGGUCACAUAAUUUUAGUGCUGCUGCCUGGGGAAGGCCUAUAUGCCAUCCAUUUGGCCUAAAGUCGAAUGAACCUGGGAAAACUAACCUUUCUUCAGGUUUGAGGCUUCAUGUUUGUAACUAUGAGCUAGGAAUCAUUUUUGUCUUUCCUCCGUCAAGGACAAAGGGCAUUGACAACAAAGAUGCUGCUACCUUGGAUGAUGUUGUUUUGCCUUUUGUUGUGCCAGCUCCAAAAUAUGGACCAACAGAUUGGCCAGCAACAAAGAAAGCUAUGAGAGAGGCUUUGAUUGAACUCAAUGAUCAAGAGAGAGAAAAACUUGUAGAAUUAGCAAAUUUUGAAGAGACAACUGAAGAAAUUCCUGAUGAAGAGGAAGUUGUCGAAGCAACUCAUUAUGUUGUAGAGGAGAAGGAAGAGGAGAAAGCUUAUGCUGAGAUGCUAUGGAGCCAAGUCGCCUCGUCUCAGAGCUGUUGAUUUCCUGUGAGGAACAGGGUUAAAAAAGGAUCUCCAGGAGUGACUAAUAAAUGUUAUUUCGAAUGACAAAUGCCUAAGAUACACAGUAGAUUCACUGUAGAAAUCUGAUAUUCUUUGGAAAUGGGGGGAAAGGCCGUCGGAAAUUUCAAUUCAUUAUUGUAGAAAUUACACCUGUACAUUGAGAGAUUAGUGGACUGCAGAUACUGCUAUUCAAUUUGCAUACAGAGAAUCCCGAGUGUAUAGUAACAUGCCCUUGUUCUGUAGGGAAUGUCGUUCAGAAAUUCAGAUAUCAUUCCUUUUGUAAUCCGUUAUUAUCCUGUUCAUUAUUUGAAUAUUUUUCCAAAGAAGGAAGAUUGCAAAUUAUGGAGACCAUAUUUACUCAAGUGGCAUUGUUCCACUUGUAUA